AUGUCACAAGCAAAUCCUUCACAGAAUAAGCUUAAGAUUACUUUUCUUGGUGAGCCAAGUGUUGGAAAGUCAUGCAUCGUCUAUCGUCUUGCUAACGAUGAAUUUAAUGAAAAUCUAACGCCAACACUCGGAUUGACAUUUUAUGAGCGUGAAUUUCAAAAUUCAGAAGCCAAAAAAUAUACCUUUAGCUUUAAUGAUCUUCCAGGAUCCACUACUGCAUACAAUAUGGUAAACACUUGGUAUCGUAAAUCUAAUUUAAUCCUUUUAGUUUACGAUGUUUCUUCAACCGAAUCAUACGAUGCCAUUAAAUUAUGGUACGAAAAACUCAAUGGAGAAAAAUUUUCUAUUAUUUUAGUAGGAAAUAAAGCAGAUUUAGAUAAAGCCAUUACACCAGAAGAUGAAAGAUACAAGGAUAUCGUCAAUGAACAUAUACAGGUUUCAGCAAAGACCGGUGAAGGAAUGCCUUCGCUCAAAGAAAAGAUUAUCGAAUUGGCAUCUCAUAACUUAUAUGAAGAUCAACAACUCAAAGAGAAGCAGGAUAAGAAGGGAUGCUGCUAA